AUGGAGAAACCUGAAUCGUGCAGCACGUCGCUGUACAGACGCAGAGACCAAACGGAGACGCAGAACAAGGAGUUGAACGAAAAAGGGUACUGUGUGGACGAAUCGACACAGGAGACGCCACUCCAAGUGAGCGGAGAUGGCUCAAGCUCGUCGGGCUACGACGCCUUUGGCCACGAGGAUGUAGAUGCAUUCCCGGAUGGCGGAUGGGAGGCGUGGUCGGUGGUGUUCGGGACGGUGUUCGGGUUGAUGACGGUGUUCGGGGUGAUGGACACGAUGUCGUCGAUCCAGCUCUACAUCUCGAAGCACCAGCUUGCUGACGUGAAGAUCAGCUCGGUGUCGUGGAUAUUUUCGCUCUACAUGUUCACCAACUUGUCGAUGGGUAUCGUUGUGGGGCCGAUCUUCGACAUCUACGGCGUGCGAGGCAUCUUGAUUGUCGGGUCGGUACUGAACUGCGGCGGGCUUUAUGCGACAGCGUUCAGCAAGGAGCUCUGGCAGUUUGUGCUCAGCUUUGGCAUCUGCACGGGUAUUGGCUCAGGCCUCAUGUUGUCGCCGCUUGUGGGGGUUGUGAGUCACUGGUUCUUGCGGAAGAGAGGGCGGGCCAACGGGGUCUCCGAGUGUGGAUGCAUCUCGGGCGUGUUCUUCCCGAUCAUGCUCCGCUCGCUCUACCCUUCUAUCGGCUUCACAAAGAGCAUAGUCAUCCUUGCCAGCAUCUGCGUCUUCUUGUGCAUCCUCACGAUCCUCAUGGUGAAAGACCGCUCGGACGUGUUGCAUGCAGACAGCGCCGACUUGAACAAGAAACAGCGUUUGCUUGAUGCGUACAAGCACAUGGUCAACUUCCAGAACUUCAAGGAGAAACGGUACCUAUUCUUGGUGUUGGGUAUGUUCUUCAACGAGUUCUCCAUCAUCUUGACCGUCACGUACAUCGCCACGUACGCCACCGCCCGCGGGUUGUCCGAGUCGACGGGCUACCUCAUCGUCACCGUCAUGAACGCCAGCGGCAUCUUGGGCAAGAUUAUCCCCACCUUCAUGUGCGACUUCCUCGGUCGCUUUAACGUCAUGCUCAUGAUCGCCUGCAUGAUGGUUAUCUCGCUCUUCGCUAUCUGGCUCCCCUACUACAACAUCGUCGGCUACUACAUGUUUGCCGGCGUCUACGGCUUUGCUUUCGGCGCUGCCUACGCUUUGACUCCCGUCUUGAUAGCCCAGAUCUCUAAGACCAGGGAGUUUGGCUCCCGGUACGCCACCGCCUACUUCAUCGUCUCCUUCGGGAACUUGAUCUCUAUGCCCAUCGGAUCCCAGUUCAUCAACAAAGAAAGUGUCUCCAACUACAAUCACAUGAUCAUCUUUGCCGCCUGCUCCAUGGUAGUCGCCACCUUCUUCUUUUUUGUCAGCAGAUCCUGCAUCGUUGGCUUAAAACUCAAAUGCUUCGUCUAG